CACACAAAAAUAGUACAAACGAAAAUAACAACAAAGUAAAAUAUAGAAAGAAAUAAAAUAAAAAAAAACAAAUAACGCAAAAAUAUUUUUUAAUAGUCAAACUAAUUUCAGUCGUAAUAGCUGAGAAGAAGAAGCACCAAAAUAUUAAAUACAUUGUAUUAUCGUUGAAAAAAUAAUAUAAUAAAGAAGAAAAAACAAAUUAAGACUGCAAUUAUUGUUUAAAACUUAGCAAACUAGCAAUCAAUUACAAUAAUUCUAUUAAAAAACAAUAAAUCUAGUUUAUAAAACAAAAGCCUAUAACAAUAGAACAAAAAAAAAGUUCCCCAUUUUUUUAUAGUGAUUAUUAAAUUGUGUGAUUGCUUCAUUAUUAAAAAGAUUAAUACACAAAUAAAACAACAAGAAAUUACUAAAUAAAACAUUACCAAAUCAACAGCAGCAACAACAAUAGUGUCACCAAAAUAUCUGGAAGAAAAAGGAAAAGCAUCGCCGCAAAAAACCUUGAACAUAAAAACUAUUACCAAAACUGACAAAAAUGUUUUAAAAAAUCUAUCCAAACCUUAAAGAUUGUAUAAAAAAAAUUAUUUAAAAUUGUAUAACAAUUUUAUUUAAAUUGUAUUCCUUUUCUUUGAUUUAAAAUAAUGAGAAAAUUUUGGGAUAUUUUCUUCAUUUUCUGGGUGACUUCAUAUGGUGGUUCGCUGGUCUUUAGCGCUUCCAUCGGCACUGAAGAUUUACCACCCGAGACUAUAGAUCGCCUGAGAGAGAUCAAACAAAAUAUAUUCUUUUCGGACGAACUUACAUCGUCGGAAUAUCGUGAUGAUUUGGAUAUAGAAUUGAGUCCACGUGAAAAUGUUGACGAUCACGAUUGGGAUCUAUUGAUUUUCACACAACAAUGGCCCGUAACCACAUGUUAUCACUGGAGAGAAGAGGACAAAAAUCACGAGUGUAAGCUGCCAAGCGCCAAGGAAUUCUGGACCAUACAUGGUGUGUGGCCCACAAAAUUGGGCCAUUUUGGUCCAUCGUUCUGUAACAAAUCGGCUGAUUUCGAUGUCAAUCAAUUGGAGAAAAUAAAGGAUAGUUUAAAUCAAUACUGGCCCGAUAUCGAUGGUGAAUCGAAGGGUGAUUGGUUGUGGAAACAUGAGUGGCUUAAACAUGGUACAUGUGCCGCCACUCUUGCACAAUUGGACAAUGAAUUGAAAUACUUUAAUCAAGGCAUUAAUUGGCGUGAGGAUUUUUUGCUGUCGAAUAUUUUAGGCAGUGCUGGCAUACAUCCCGAUUCCAAUAACACUGUGGUGGCUUUACAUGCAGCUCUGGUAAAUGGUUUGGGUAAAAAUCCCUCCAUACACUGUCUGUACGACAGUAAAAACGAUGUCAGCUAUUUGGAAGAAAUACGUAUUUGUUUCAACAAGACGCUCGAUGUUAUGGAUUGUGAUGGUGUCAAGCAUGGUGAUGCUGUAUCGGUGUCCUAUCCUGGUGGCACAGUCAUCACCAAUUGUCACAUAUCAAAACCUGUACACUAUCCCAGUCUGGUACCGAAUCGUCACAAGGUCAACGAAAAGAAAUGGAAAUUUCCCAUUGUCAAUGUCUACAAACUGUUACAGUUUAUUAUGUGGUUUACACUAUGAGCAGCAGCUGAAGAUGAAGAAAGCGUUAGAGCUUAAAAAAAAUAACUGAACAGAAAAUAUUAAAUACUAUUUUUUAAAGAAUUCGAAGAGGCAUAAAAUAUUGUGAAAAUUAAAACGCCAAUUACUCAGUAAUCAUGUGCAAAAAGAAAGUAUUGCAAAUUUUUAUUUUUUAUAUUACGAAUAAUCAAUUCAUUAAAUUGAUUUAAAGAUAAAACGAAACAGAUAAAUCCGAAAAAAGUGAAUAUUCAAGAAAAUAUCAUCAACGAUUAUAAGUAAGCAUCAUUACAAUAGUUUGAUUAUGAUUUCUUAUUAAAAUAACAUACAUAUUAUUAAUAUAUACAUAUUUUUAUUUGCAAUAAUCAUAUUUCACAUAUUUACAUACAUAUACAAAUUAACAAAAGUUUAUAUUGUUUUUUGUUUAAAAUUUUGUUUCUAAAUAAAUUUAAAUUUAAGCUAAAACUAAAUAUUAUUGAAAUCAGUUGAUUACACAAAUCACACAAAAAUAAAAACUUCAAAUUAUUGUUGUAUUGUUUAAUAAGAAUAUUUUAAGAAACACACUAAUUAUAUAUGAAAUUACUUUAAAAUUAAUAAAAAAAAUAUAUUAUACAUAUAUAAAAUAAAAUAAUUAACAAAUAAAGAAACCUUUACAUAUAUGUAUAUCAAAUAUUUAAAA